CAUUUGCAGAUUACGCGGCAAGGAACAAGAAGAGCGAGAACACUUAGCAGCACAGGAGGUGAAGACAAGUUAUGGAAGGGGAUUGUCGUGGUUAAUUGGUAGUGGACGCGGACUGGCACACCUUGGCGCCCUCCAGUGAUGGAGAAGACAGACACUGAGACAAGAACCAUCAGUAGUGGCGAGGCCGAGAGAGGGCCCACCACCACCUCCACCACCUCCAGGCUCCUCCACCCUCCUUCCUCCCAGAGACUCCACCGCUCCUCCACCUGCCGGGUGAUUAGUGCCUCUCACCUGUGGAGGCAGAAUUGUCCCGGCGUGGACCUCUGCUGUGCUGCUGAUUAGGCCAGAUGUCGACGUGGCGUUGGGUCGUGGGCGUGGUGGGCGUGCUGGCGGCGGCUCGGGGUGGCGUGGAGGCGGCCAUAGUGCGGGCGUCAGACCCCAUGGUGGAGGGCCUCAUGUCGGAGAUACAGAUGGACCCCAACAUGCCCCAGCUGCCCCUUGGGAACCCCGACUCGAUGCUGACAGACAUGCCGGGAGAGCCCCUCAACCCCAGUGACUAUGAGAACGGCAAGCACAUGGUGCACAAGGACUGGGACCCCUCGAGCAAGAGUGACCCCAUAGAACUGGCGGGACUCUUCCAGGGGGACAUCAUUCUGCCCAACCGAGACGAGUACUACAGCCUGAUUCAUCCUGCCGACGCGCCCCAGGCCAGGAAUGCCAUUAAGACCAUGACGAAGCGCUGGCCCAAUGGAGUCAUUCCUUACGUCAUCUCUUCCUCCUAUAACAAGAAGGAGCGCGCAGUGAUCGCCGUGGCCAUGAACACCUACCACCAGAACACCUGCGUGCGCUUCGUCCCCCGCACCGUGGAGAAGGACUACAUCCACAUCCACAAGGGCGACGGAUGCUCCAGUGUGGUGGGCAGAGUCGGGGGCGCUCAGGCUCUCUCGCUGGGGCCGGGCUGCCUGUACGUGGGUAUUGUGAUGCACGAGUGUAUGCACGCCGCGGGGUUCUGGCACGAGCAGUCACGAGCAGACCGCGACAGCUACAUCACCAUCAACACCGCUAACGUCCAGGCCGGCAUGGAGUACAACUUUCAGAAAUACUCGUGGGACAAAAUCCAAAGCCUAGGGGUGGAAUAUGACUUGGGCUCCGUGAUGCACUACGGCCCCUACGCCUUCGCCAAGGACCGCACCAGGCCUACCAUCAUCCCCAGAGUGAAAGGUGCCGAAAUAGGACAGCGCCGCGCCCUCUCUCCCAAGGACAUCCAGAAGAUCAAGAUCCUGUACAACUGUGCCAACACGAGCACGACCAGCGUGGUGACCCAGGCGCCGCUGCCCUCCAAGCCUGAGACCGGGGAGUGCACGGACAACGACAAAUUUUGCAAGGAGUGGGCCACCUCGGGAGAAUGUGACAAGAACCCCACCUGGAUGCAUGUCAACUGCAAGGUGUCCUGCAACAAGUGUGGUGUGGGGUGCGGGGACAACAACGACUUCUGUCCCUACUGGCAGUCCAUCGGAGAGUGCACCAAGAACUCUGGCUACAUGCAUAAGUAUUGCCGGAAGUCGUGCGGGACCUGUCACGUCGCCAGUGACUACGACGAGACAGUGUGCGAGGACAAGAACGCCUACUGUCCGGACUGGGCGGCGCAAAAGGACUGUCGCACCAACCCUGACUACAUGCUCAAGUUCUGCAGGAAGUCUUGUGGAGUGUGCUAAGCCUCGCCCCGUGCUGACCGCCCACCACCCAGCCACUAGCCACCCAGCCACCAGCCACUAGCCACUACCUCCCACCAGCAUCCCACCAUCGGCUACCCACUCACCCACCUUCCCGCUACCCAUCCACCCACCAUGCAUGUGUAGUUGUUAUUUGUAUGGUUUGGCAUCUUUAGUGUGUGUGUGUGUGUGUGUGUGUGUGUGUGUGUGUGUUUUGAACUCGUUGUUCCUUUACCUUCAUUAAAAUCUGUAAACAUUUAAUUGAAACUGCUGAGAUAUUAUUAUUAUUAUUAUUAUUAUUAUUAUUAUUAUUAUUAUUAUUAUUAUUAUUAUUAUUAUUAUUAUUAUUAUUAUUACUUUCAUUAUCAUUAUUGUUACUACUAUCACCACCACCUACCACGGUAGGGAAGUGUACGUGGAAUGCGCGCGUAGGCAGGUGUGUGAAUGAAUGACACAGGUGUGGGCUGCAGGUGACUGACUGAUUGACUGAAAGGGCAGGUGUGAACGGGAGUAAGUUUCGAGUGUAGCUAUGUGAAGGUGUGGGGUGAAGGUGUGGACGGGAACGGUAUCAGGUGUAGGUGUGUGCAGGUGUAGGGUGAAGGCGUGUGCAGGUGUAGACGGGAGGAGUGUUAGGUACAGGUGUGUUUGGGUGUGAAUGGGAAGAUAUAUCAGGUGAAGACAGGUGUAGGUAUUUUAUUUAUUUACUAAUUUUUAUAGUACAUCAUUUUAAUUACUUCUGUAGCCUUAUUUUUCUACAGUACAGUCUCUUAAAUAAUUUCAUAGCGUUAUUUUCAUACAAUACAGUUUCUUGGAUAAUUUUGUAGCCUUUUCUUUCAUAAAACUUUCUUUGGUAGCUUGAAAAAGACAAAUCUAACCUAAUAUUCUCCAUUUUAUGUAUCUACACAAAUAUUUUUUAAGUGCUUUGAAUGCUAAAGGGAAGACUUCACUAACAUGGCUUAAUAUGUAUUAAUUUCACUUUAUUGUCACAGUGUUUGAAUGACCCACUGAUAUUCUCAUUGCAUCAUUACCCUCUCGUUAAGUAAUGUAACUAUACAGUAUUAACCAAGUAUAUGCGUGUAGCCAUAAACUAAGACUAGACCUAAGUCUGUCUUAUACAUAGACUUAAUAUUUUACACUGGAACAUUUUUUUAGCUUUGAUGUUGGGUGUGGAAUGGUACACAUGUAAGGUAGAGUCUUGUAAGGUAGAGGUAGAAUCUUGUGUUUCACCUGCCACCGUGUUCAUAGACGCCUCAGUUCCUUAUCUGUUACUGGGUAUUUUCAUGGUUCUAGUGAUGGUUUGACCAUUUUCCUACAUUAUUUAAUUGGAAACACACCCUUGAAAACCCUAUAAAUUCUGUAAGCCCGACUAUAAUUGUAUGGGAUCCGAAACUAUAGUCCUUAUAUCUAUAGUUAACAAGCUUUAGUGGGAUUUAUUAGGGUUUUUAAGUGUUUUCAUGACAGUUUAACAAUUAUCUUGCAUUAGUAAUGGAAAACAGCCGAGGAAAUCCGAUAAACCCUAGGAACCUGACUAAUGAGCUAUAAGGGAUCUGAAACUAAUCCUCAUGGGAGCCUACAGCGUUUUAGAACACGUGAGGCAGCGAACACGUCUUGGGACCACAUCCUGAAACACUUCCCUCACUUCACUACUUUCGAAAACCUCUUGUUGAAGUUACGCUGUGUUUUGAGGGUGUCUUUGUGGUUGUAGGGACAUAUUAACAAGAUUUUUACAUUGUUAACGGGAGAAACGGUAUUGAGAACUCGGCUAAUCAUCUCUGUGGCCUUUGAAAAUUGUCAUCGUCAGAAUACGGCCCUUGAUCUUAGGAGUGGGUGUGUUUAUGCUAUGUGUACUGAGCCUGAUGUGUGCUGGCAGCCCUGUAUGGGGGAAAUAAACUGAUGAUUAAGA